AUGGCAGGUGAAGAAAUAAAUGAAGAUUAUCCAGUAGAAAUUCAUGAGUAUUUAUCAACAUUCGAGAAUUCCACUGGUGCUGUGGAUGAGAUGCUCAAAACCAUGAUGUCUGUUUCUAGAAAUGAGUUGUUGCAGAAGUUGGACCCACUUGAACAAGCAAAAGUGGAUUUAGUUUCUGCGUACACAUUAAAUUCAAUGUUUUGGGUUUAUUUGGCAACUCAAGGAGUUAAUCCUAAGGAACAUCCAGUAAAGCAGGAAUUGGAAAGAAUCAGAGUGUACAUGAACAGAGUCAAAGAAAUAACAGACAAGAAAAACGCUGGCAAGCUAGACAGAGGUGCAGCUUCAAGAUUUGUAAAAAAAUGCCCUUUGGGAACCAAAACCUAA